UUGAGGCUCUGCUCAUAACAUUCGCUCCUGGUCGAGGCUGAACCCGACCCGCAGUGAAGCGGAGACGUAGACGCCUUUCUACGCGACAGCCCAUUAUCACCGACCACUCUUCCCUACUAUCUUCCUCCCGUUCGUCCCCGCCGAAGUUUCCGAUCACCCCACUUCUAUCUUCCGUAUAUGCCGGAGAUCCUUUUGAUCUCCGAUUGAGUUCGAAAGAUCUGAUCCACUUGCAGUGCGCGUUCUAUAUGACUGGAAUCAUGCUGUCGAACCAUUUCCAGAACGGGAUUGAGACGGCGAAGCUUGUAUGGUCGCGUCUGCCGAGCUCCGAUGACGUGGAGACGGAGGAGGAGCUCGAAAGGAGAGUGAAUGGCGGCGGCGGUGCGGAGAGCCUGGAUUAUGAAGUCAUCGAGAAUUACGCCUAUAGGGAGGCGCAGGCAAAGAGGAGCAAGCUGUUCAAUUGGUACUAUGCAAUGCUGAAAUGGCUAAUCGCCUUGUUAAUUGGUGUUGGCACUGCAGUAGCUGCAGUAUUUAUUAAUCUAGCUGUAGAAAACUUCUCUGGCUGGAAAUAUGCUGUGACUUUCUCCAUAAUACAACAUUCCUACUUUUUGGGUUUCGUGGUAUAUGCUAUAUUCAACCUGGCUCUAGUUCUUACCUCUGUAUUCAUCGUUACUCAAUUUGCUCCAGCAGCAGCAGGGUCUGGUAUUCCAGAGAUUAAGGGAUACCUAAACGGAGUUGAUACACAUGGAAUUCUUCUCUUUAGAACUUUGAUCGGAAAGGUAUUCGGAAGCAUUGGCUCAGUUGGAGGAGGGCUUGCACUGGGAAAAGAAGGUCCACUUGUUCACACUGGUGCCUGUAUCGCAUCUCUUCUUGGUCAAGGCGGAUCUACGAAGUAUCAUUUCAGUUCAUCAUGGCUACGUCCAUUUGAGAGUGAUCGAGAAAGGCGUGAUCUCGUGACCUGUGGAUGUGCAGCUGGGGUUGCUGCUGCUUUUAGAGCUCCAGUUGGUGGUGUGCUCUUUGCUCUAGAAGAAGUUACAUCUUGGUGGCGGAGUCAGCUUAUGUGGAGAGUUUUUUUUACAUCUGCUAUCGUGGCUGUUGUUGUAAGAACUGCAAUGGCCUGGUGUAAGAGUGGGAAGUGUGGUCAUUUUGGGUCGGGCGGCUUUAUAAUCUGGGAUAUAUCUGGUGGUCAAGAAGAUUAUUCAUUUAAGGAGUUGCUACCCAUGGCUAUUAUCGGCAUUAUUGGAGGCCUUUUAGGGGCUCUGUUCAAUCAGCUCACUCUGUAUAUAACUAGCUGGCGCAGAAAUUAUCUUCAUAAAAAGGGGAAUAGGGUCAAGAUAAUUGAAGUUUUACUUAUAUCUCUUAUGACAUCAGUAAUUUCUUUUGGUUUACCACUUCUAAGGAAAUGCAGCCCAUGUCCUAAUUCAGAUGCUAAUCCUGAUAUUGAUUGCCCUCGACCACCUGGAACAGAUGGAAAUUUUGUAAAUUUUUUCUGCAGCACAGACAAAGAAUACAAUGAUCUGGCAACCAUUUUUUUCAAUACCCAGGAUGAUGCAAUUCGCAAUUUAUUUAGUGCAAAAACGUUUCACGAGUAUAGUGCCCAGAGCCUUCUGACCUUUUUGGUUAUGUUUUACUCCUUGGCUGUGGUGACAUUUGGAACUGCUGUUCCUGCUGGUCAGUUUGUUCCUGGAAUAAUGAUUGGUUCAACUUAUGGACGGCUUGUUGGGAUCUUCGUGGUUAAGUAUUACAUGAAACUGAAUGUCGAUGAAGGAACUUAUGCUCUACUUGGUGCUGCUUCAUUUCUGGGAGGGUCUAUGAGAAUGACGGUUUCAUUAUGUGUUAUCAUGGUUGAGAUCACAAAUAACUUAAAACUUCUUCCCCUUAUCAUGCUUGUUCUUCUCAUAUCCAAGGCUGUUGGUGAUUUUUUCAAUGAAGGAUUGUACGAGGAGCAAGCACGUUUGAGGGGCAUCCCUUUGCUCGAAUCUAGACCCAAACAGUUUAUGCGAAACAUGAUAGCACAAGAGGCUUGCAAGAAUCAACAAGUUAUAUCCUUUCCUCGCAUUGUUAAAGUUUCCGAAAUACUUUAUGUUUUAAGAAGUAACAAGCACAAUGGCUUUCCGGUGGUAGGUCACGGACGGAAUGGAGAAGAACUUGUCAUAGGCCUCAUGCUUCGUAGCCACUUAUUGGUACUUGUACAUUCAAAGAGAGAUUUCCAGAGCAGCCCUUUUCCAUGUGAUCCUAGAGGUGUAACCAGCAGGCACAUCUGGAGUGAGUUUGUCAAACCUAUCUCUAGUAAAGGCAUGACCAUUGAUGACAUUCAUCUCACCGAGGAUGAAAAAGAAAUGUACCUAGAUCUAGCCCCCUUCCUCAAUCCUUGCCCAUAUGUAGUACCAGAGGACAUGUCUUUGGCAAAGGUUUACAAUCUUUUUCGACAAUUGGGACUGAGGCACAUCUUUGUUGUACCUCGCCCUUCUCGUGUCAUUGGUUUGAUCACCAGGAAGGAUUUGUUAUUUGAGCUGCUUGCUGCCUGUAUUUUCAGGAGAAUGAUAAUCCAGCUGCAAUGGAACUUCAAACCACUAGUAGCUCCAGGUCCUGAUAGAAGAUCAGUUGGUCUACAGGAACAUAUAGAUCACCCUCUUCUUGAUAGCCUUCUGAUACAGCGGUAAAUAACAAGUAUAAAGUUCAUUUUAUCCUUGAACCUGAUCAUGAGAGGAAUUUAAAGCAACCAAUAUGAAAGGAUAUUAAGAUCAAGCAGAGCUGCAAAACUUUGAAGGUUAGGGAAGUAAUAUAUAUAUAUUGUCAUUCUUGUAAAUUCUUUCUUUUUUUUUGACAAACAAUUUGUGUCUUCUUCUUAGCUAAUGUGAUUGUAGUUAGAAUAUUUGAUUAUUUAACACCCCUUAUUAUUUCCAUAUUCAUGUUUUAUCAAACAUUAUUGGAAUGCAAGACCUAGCAACAUUUAUUUUUU